AAUUAUAACUACUUUGCUGACGCAUAUAGACCUCUUUUUGACCUAUUUUCUUUGGGUGGGGAAGUAGUUUGUAAACAUUGAGAGUGUUGGGUUGUACAAGAUUCUAAAACUGAAUUUCGCGAGCGUUUUAAUGCAGAUCAAUAAUGUGCACUAUUUAGUUAAUUGGAACUAGCAAUGUAGGAACAAGAAAUGAAUGCUGCAAAUAUGAGCGCGCACAUAAUGUGUUUGACGUCCGGCGGUGGACUACCUUUGUUUUCAAGAAAAAAAGGAGAGGGUGAACCUCUUCCGUUUCCUGUUGUGGCCUCACUAAACGGUGUUCACAUGUUUGGAAAAUGCCAUAAAAUGAUGCUUCAGAGUACCUCUUCAUCAGACAUGACAGUUGUGUGGCGUGAAGUAGAGGAAAGUGUCAUCCUCAUAGCAGCAGCACAUGGUGCAAGUGAAGAUCUCUUACAGAAAUUGCUUUCCCUGGCGCAUAGUACAAUGAUUUUUACAGUUGGCACAGAGGAGAUAAAGUCACCACGUAAUAUUGAAAGACUGAAGAAGGACCUGAGGGUAUGCUACCCCAUUUUGGACAAAUUACUGAAUGGAUUGGAGGGUGGGACUGAUUUAUUAGGCCUCCACGAGGUUAUUCUUUGUCCAGAGAAUCAACUGCUCCAGGGAAUUUUAGAUGCCUUCUGUGAGUGUGUCGGUUCCUCCUAUGGAGUUCUCAUGAUUCGUGGUUGUGUGUCAGUUGCCACAUCCAGCUGGUGGUCAUUGGCACCAGUAGAAAGGCAGUUGCUGGUUCUUCUGCUGCAGUGUGGUAAUGAACAUACUGUGGCUCAUGAUGUUCCAGUCUUUCUGCCAGUUAAAAGUCCACAUGUUGCCUAUCGUGUUGUGUCCUGCCUCUUGACGUCUGAUGUGGAGGUGUGUGUGCUGUGUGGACCAACUCCAGGCCUUAGUGAAGUUGAGCGCGCAGCUGCACAGUGCUGGAGGAGUGCCAUUGACUUGCUGCGCAAUGCUCAACAGUCCUUUUCUUUUGAUUCUGGAGUUGCUGGUGUUCUAUUAGUUGAUCUGGAAAUGGGAAAGUUCAUGCUGAAUCGCACACCUGGAAUGAAGCGUAUGGAUAUGCUGCGUACAUUCUAUCAGCAUACUGUGAGCUCUAGUGCUUCUCAUGCUUUGGAGAGUUACUGGUGUUCAGAAUAUCAUAAAUGUCACUCAUUGCGAUCUGGUAACAACUUACUUUGUGUUAUGUACUCAGCAACUGUCCCAAAUGUCACCAUGAGGCUUCUAUCCAAGAAGAUUCUGAAAAUGAUUCUAUCAGACAAGCAACUGUGCUGGUAACUAUGUUAUUAUUUCUUCAAGAUGCUCAAGAGUUUAAUUCUUAUUAUCUCAUUAAAAAUAUUCUUCCACAUUUCCAACAUUGCCUUCCUUACCCUGCAUCCGAUCCAUUUUCAUAUGCCUCCCUUCUCCUUCCACUUAAGAAAGGACAAGUAGUAAGUAGGCCUACUACGGCAGACAAGGCAGACAAUUUCCUGAACACUUUUUUAAAAAAUUCUCUCUCUCUCUCUCUGUUUUUUUUUAAUUUUUUUUAUUUUAUAUAUAUUUUUUAUUACAACUGUUCAGUUGAAUUUUGUGAAGUCAAUGGUAAAUGUGUUUGUGAGUUUAAUUUUUAUUGCCUGAUUGUGGUGAUGUUACAUUCCUCAAAGUGCCAUGCUUGACCACAUGUGUAAUAUAAAACUUAAUGUGCCAGGAAAAGUAAAAAGUGCCAGGAAAAGUAAUCACUGUUUUGUCCCGUACUUCAUGGUGAACUUGUAGAAGUGGCAUGUUAGUUGUGUUUUGUGCCCAAAUGUCUUUGGGCUAAAUGUGUUUUAUGUCCAUCUGCUGCCUACCUCAAAGAACUAAUUAUAACAAUACUCUGUGUGGUACUGUAGCAGCCAUUACUUUGUGAAUCUCAUGUUGUUCUGUUGUUUUGCUUGUUGCAUCACUUUCUGCUAAAAACCAAGACAAGUGCAACAGGUAGUUAUGCUCUUUUAACUUGUGGAUAGUUCCUUAUCUAUUUAUCCAUUUGCAGAAUCAUCAUCUAAUGUUCUUUCACUUUUGGAACAUUGACUGUUUUAUAGAUUAUGUGUUUGUUGCCUUCAUCAUUCUUUUUCAUUUUUGCAAUGAAUAUUGUGCCUUUAUUUUGAAAUUUGGAUUGUCAUUUUUGCUCUGUACCACAAAGCUAUUGCCCAUGUACUUGUUUUCCUUUGCAUCAGUAAUGACAUACAGUAGAACCUCGAUUAACUGGCAUUGUUGGGACUUAGGGUGGUCAGAAUGCUAAAACGGGCAGUUAAUCAGACGGGAAUGAAACAAAUCAUUCACAGAGCUCAAAACAAUGUAAUAAAUCAAAAUUAAAUAAAAAAUUACAUUUCUAAUAAAGAGAAAGGAACACAGAAAAUUUUAGACAUGGAAAAUGUAUUUGAAAAGUGUAAAAUGUUCUUUUGUUUCAAUUUCUUAAAUGUUGAUUUUUGCAGCUGCAUCACACCACUUCUUUGCUCACAAUAUAUCCAUAGCUGCAGCGGUUUUCUGUUGUUGCAAAUAAUUGAGGGUAGUUUCAAAUGCUUCCUUUGCUGUACAGUGGCUGAUCUUUUCAUUGUAUUCCUUUUCCUCAUCAUCUCAUCAUUUUCAUAUCCUUCAUUGUUAACAGUAGCAAUGUUGCCUUCUGCUAGCCAUUCCUCUAUGUCGGCAGGUCGGAUAUCAGAAUCUGAAGAGUUUGCAAAUCUGCAGUGUCUGACUCAUUAGUUUCUGGAAGUUUGUGUUCCAUGAUUUUUGUAGAGUCUUUUUCUGAAGUUCUUCCUCAGCUUGGACAACUAUGUAAAUUGCAUCUUUUAUGUUCAGGCCUUUCAUUACCUCAAAAAAGAUCACAACCCUCUUGCAUUUCCUGUAACAAAACACUUAUGUAUUCCUUCCUGUAAUGUUGUUUUAACCACUCACUCACCCCCUGGUCCACUGGUUGGAUUAAUCAAGUCACACAGGGUGGGGCUGGAGGGAGGUGAGCAAAAACUUACCUUUUAUGUCACCUAGUUGUUUUUCAGACUCAGAAGGGUGGCUUGAAAAGGGUGGUUUGGAGCAAUGUCUAACAGUACACUUGCACAGGGAGGUAGGUUUUCUGACUUCAAGUAAUUUUUAACAUCUGGAGCAAAUGCAUCAAAAACUAAUCUUUAAAUAAAUUUCCAUUAACUGCUUUGAGCUUUGUAGUAAACAGAAAGUGCCGAUAUGUUUAUGUUUUUGAAGGCUCUUUGUUUCUUACAUUUGCCGAUAUCAAAAGAAAUUUAUGGUCACCACUUCUAUUGCUACAUGUUGCAAUGGACACCCUGUAUUGACUAGUUUCGUUCCUGUGGCCAUUUCAUUCUUUGAGGCAGAGGUUCUUUGAGGGAGCAUUUUAUAGUUCAGCCCCAUCUCACCAAUGUUGUAUAAUUGAUCUACUAUCUGUUUAUUUUCUUAGACUAUUUUUUCAAAAUUUUCAGCAAACUCCCUAUCUACAGCAUCAUCAGAAGAAAAUUCUUCUUCUGAAAUAGUAACCUGACACUGUGAAAAUUUUUACACCAGUGAAGAUUUUUCCACCAGUGAAGCCAGUCUUCACUUGCUUGGAAUUUUUCUUCUUCACCCUCCCCCCCCUCCCUCCUGCCCUCACCCUGCACUGAAAAGCAUUUUCUUUUAUGAUAGGGCCUAAACGUGUGGCCCCUUUUCAUUUUCCCAGACAAAACCAAACCCACACUUUGUCAUCCAAGAACUCAAGUUUUGGUUUUUCAAUGUUUUUUGCAGUUUUUAAACCAUUUUCACUGUCUACAGUUAAUGAAAAACUUCAAGGUCUUUUCAGUUCUUUUUCCAGUCUUUAAUGGUUGCCACUCCAACACCCAUUUCAGAGGCUAAUUUAGUAACUUACUAAUGGUUGUCAAGUUUUUUGCAGAAAAUGUAGUUUCUGUUCGAUAGUACACACAACACAUUUCUUUUUCGGAUUUGUAGCAUUUUUACACUUUCAGAAUCCCUUACACAACUUAAUAAACUGAAUUAAGAUACAUUGCAACUUUAAAAUUGAAAGGAAUACAAUAAUAAACUUAAAAAGUGCACAGAUAGAAUAGAAGAUUAAAGAGCACAAUAAAUCAAAAACUGCAGUCAGUCAGCUGAGCAUGUGUGUGGAGCAUGGCUCAGAUGGACACCUGUUGUGACAGGAGUAAAAUUGAUCGAUAACACUAGCAUUCUCUGGUGCAGCACUCUUGACAGAUGGUGAGACACAGGGGUGGAUAAUCCAAGAAAUUAGUUAAUCGAAGGUCAGAUAAUUCAGGUUCUGCUGUAUUGUUGAAUUCUUACUAUUUCAUUAUUUAUACACUCAGUAAGUACUGACAGUUCUUUCACUGUUUUCCACAUUUGUGUACUGCAGGCCAUCUGCACAGUAUGUUGCAGAUGGUCCCAGAGUACCAUAGACAUCCACCUCUUGUUUUAAUUAAUUGAGGAGGUGCCUGUGGAGAACAGUUGUUAUUACUCUUCUGUAUAAGGCUGACUUUCCUUAAUGUUACUGUUACCUGCAUUUUUAGAGAUGUAUUUUGGUGGAAGUAAUCUAUUUAUUGAUGUAUGUAUGGGUAUGGUUUCUUUGGAUUUUGAAUCUCAGUGAUGUAAAACACAUUUCUUGUUUGUAUCUCCCGCUGGAGUUAUAUGGGAAUUUCAUACUUGCUAAGCGAACCUGUAGUGAAACGACUUGAUCUUUUUCAAGUAUUUUCCCUCUCUUCCAAAUAUUUAAUUUCGUAAUAUUAGUAUUUGAGAAUUGUUCAAAUGAAGACUUUGUAAGUUGCCUCUUUUGCAGGCAAUAUAUGUUUCCAUAGCAUUCUUCUGCAAACCUCUGUGUGCCAACUGGUACCUCUAUGGCUAGGUUUAUAUAUAUUUGAGUAUAUCUGAGAUUUAUAAUGCUAACAUUUACAUAACUAUAUCUUUAAGGAGAGACCUGGGGCCCAAUCUCCCCCACGGUAAAUCAACAGUGUUAAUCACCCAUUAUCUCAGAGAUUGUUGUGGAUAUAGAUUUGAAAUUGAUAUCAUAUGUUUACUAAUAGUCUCUUUAUUCUAUUAAUGUACAGUGGAAGGUUUUUUUUAUCGAUACAACAGGUUUUAUAAUUUUUGUGCUCAGUGCCUAUAUUUUUGUUAAAAUUGUGUAAUAAAUGUACACAAAUUUAACUCAGCUGAAUGUAUAUUCAUGAUUGUAGAUCCACAGCUUACUGGAUUGUUGUGUGGGGUUUAAGUUUCAUUGCAAUAAGAUGAAUUGUUUCUGAGAAAAUGCAUUUGUAGUGAAAAAUGUACAAACUGAAAGGACAUUUAAACUUUUCAUAUGAAACUUCUUGCCUUUAUUGUUACAUGAUGUUAUUAAAAACACCCUGCUCCAUGUUGUAGGACAUCUUUACCACCAGUGCUAUCAAGUAACAGCUGUCUUCUUUUUCUAGCCUUGUUGGUCAUAUUUUUUGCUGAAACCUCAGCUUUUUUCACUCUUGCCAUAUCCACUUUGUGAAGUUCUUCCACUGUAUGCUUUCCCAAAAUCACUCCCAGUUUUUAGAGUGCUCUCAAUCUGCUGCUGCUUCCACUAUUAAAUGUAAUUACAGUGUCUCAGGUUCCUAACUGUAGGGUUUUUAUCCCAACAAAUAUACAUUUUGGCAGACGAGUCCAAGGAAGAUUAUUGAAUGAUUUGUUGACAUUUUGUGUUUUGCCAUGCAAACGCCUUUUCAACAGAUUUGGAUGGGCUAGAUCUCUGAAUGUGGGCUUCAGGGCCUUCAUUACUGCUUGAGGCACAGUGUUUUUAUGCUAAAAAUCUUCCAGAGAUCCUUCAGCCUCAGAUUUUCCAUACUUGCACCAUGUCUCAGGAGGAAGAGGACACAAACAAUAUACUGGGUUUUUAUCAGUUGAAAUUUUAUGAUAGUAGAUAGCCCACACUGCUCUCACUAUCUUGUGCAAAUCAUUGGAGUUUUCCCUGAUUUGCCAUAAUAGUGCUGAAACUGAUCUAUUAUCUUGUCUGUCAGUCUACCAGUGCCUUUUAUUGUUCUACCGUCUGAUAUCUUCGCAUUGCCGAGUUUUGUUUUUAGCUGUCUGAGAUGUUCAUGCCUCCGUUUUCUUUUUGACAUGGCCUACACACUCAAAUUUAGUUAUGGGCUCACUAUACAAUUUGCUGCCAACUACUGCUUUGAAAAACUUGCUGUCUCCAUCUCCCAAAGACUGGUGUCAUGGUAUCUGCGUAGUGUUUGUACUCUCUAGGUGGACCUGGCAAAUUCAUAAUGCUGCACAAUGUCUUCCCAGUGUACCUCAGUCCAUACACUGAUCUUACAUUAUUUGAAUAAAGGUUCUUUUUGCAUUUGAUUGAUUUAGAGUAUUUGCAGCUCUGACAGAAAAUACGUAGUUGACAUACAAUUCCUUUCCUUGUUGAUUCAUCCUCAGACAAUGUUACUGCACCACCACGAAGGGAACGGCUCACUGUUUAACUUAGAACGUGAGCCAUAAAGUUGACUUUCCCUUUUGAAGUGCAGAAGAGAGAGGGAAUUGGCACUGCACUUGUUUUGUCACAGCUGUUGCUUAUAGUGUCUUGUUAUGUGCACAAACAAGCAUUUUUAAUAUCAGCUACACAUUUCUGGUAAAACCUGUUACCUUUGUUUUUUCACUUCGAAUAUUUUGCUUGGUUUUCUCAUUUUCUUUCUGCAGAAAUUCCUUCAAUGUCUGCUUGCUGUACAAACUAAAAAUACUAAAUCGAAAUACUUCAUGCUAUUCAAACAAAGAACUGUGAGAACAAAACCUUACAUAGAUCAGGCUGUCCACAACAAAAUGACAAAAAUAACAGUCUUCUGGAAUCAUCAGUUUUGGAAAUAUGCCCAUUGAAUUGAGUCAGUGUAACUCAUGAGGAGGCAAAUUGACAAUGCUGAUAAACAAUAAAAAGGCGACAAUACCGGCAAGGUAAUGUUUCCUCCCAGUAAAUAAUAUAUCAAAAUGUUCAGUGGAUUCCUUAGAUUUUAAUGGAAAAAAAUCAAUUCUUUUUUUUCCAUGUCUUGUGUUAAGUAAACUAUAUUUUUUUAGAAAGAUUUUUAAUGUUAAAUUCAGUUUCUCAAAUAUUGUAAUUGUCAUCAUCCAUCUGACAUAUGCUACUGCAUUAAGUUCCUUUAUAGAUUUUUCCAGGCAUUGUGGCCCUCAGCAGAAUGGGUGGGUGUUACUUCUGCAUAUUUCUUCAAUGUCGUAUACACAUGACCCUUACAUUGUCAUUCCAGCAUCAAACAAAGAAAUUCCGUGGUCCGUAUACCAUCUACUCGUUGGGUCACAUAUCCCACUUGCUUCCACUUAAAUUUCAAUACAGUUAUUAUUACAUCUUCCAUUCCAGCCUGUUCUCUGUUUCAUUUGCUUGCACUCUUGUCCAUCCCAGUAAUACCCAUCGUGACUCUUUUAGUACUUGCUGAGCAAACCCCAGUUUAUGAAUAGCUUUUGUACAGAAAGUACGUGUCACAUUACCAUAAAUCAAAACUAGUAAGACAUACCAACUGUAAACCUUCCGUUUCAUAAUUGAAAACUUAAUCAGAAAACUCCGCUUAGUUUAUCAAAAGCACUCCUGGACAAUUCAGAUCUUCAGUUUUUAUCUCUGAUCCAGCACUUUCAGCCAUUGUCUUCAGAUGCUGUAGAUACAAAAUCUCACCAACUGGUUUCAUGGUUUGAAUGUUAAUUAUUAUUUUUAUUUUAGAUGUGUUAAUUAUACAUUAUUUUAACCUUAAUGGAAGUGAUUUUCAGGCUUGCUUCUGAAAUCCCUUUAUUAAGUUCUUCCACACAUUGUCAAAUUUGAUUUGCACAAAGAGCAAAUUAUACAAUACCAUCAUUAAAAUGAAUGUUGCUGAAGUAUGAUCCAUUGACAUUUUUUCCUCCUUUGUUUUCACAAUUUAAACAUCUUGUAACUUCCUCUGAAGCUGCUGAGGCAGUUUUAGUGUUGUGGAUCUCCAUGUGCAACUCUACUUUCAAUUAUGAAUUUCUCACUAUGCUGACAAAGUCUGAUGAAAGCUGUAGCAGUGAUGUUUGUACUACUCGUGUACUAACAUGGAUGGUUCAGUACCUCUUUUCUCACCGGCUGUUUGUACAGAUUUUGUUGAAAUCAAGUCAACAAUUUAGCAAAUUUUGGGAAUACCCAGAAAGCAGUAAUUAAUACUCAUUGAUCCAUUCUGUGGUUUCAUUCAUGACUUGCAAAUGAUCCACUGUGCUGUAUCUGCUUUGACACGCAGCUAGUUCAUGUGCUUGAUCAAAAACUAAUGUUUCUUUUUCUUAUGUGGUUGUUGAUAAUUUAGUGAAAACACACACACACACACACACACACACACACACACACACACACACACACAGAUAUACUAUCAGAGACAUUUCCAAAUAACAACCAUUUAAUAAUUUCUGCUCUGAUGUCUUCUUUGCAACUGCAUCAUCUUUUGUUGUUUGCCCAAGCGCCCUGGUAACUGCCCUUUUUGUCUAUUUUUAUGCAAUCUUAAUUUCCCAAGAUGCUGAACUUGUUGCUUCAUUUAAUCUGUAGUAUUUCCCCACUCUUAAAUGAUUUUCACAGUCUACUUUUUUGAUUUAGUUUUUCAUGAGAUUCUUUCUUUAUAGACCAAACAAUGGAAAAUCCAGGAUGGAAAGCAACAAUAUCAGAGAAGGAAAGUUGCUACUCACCAUAUAGCGGAAAUGCUGAAAUGUGUGUGUGUGUGUGUGUGUGUGUGUGUGUGUGUGUGUGUGUGUCUACUGCUGACAAAGGCCUUAAUGGCCAAAAGCUAUAAUUGUGUGAAUCUUUUUUUGUUGUGCCUAUCGCAACUCAGCAUCUCUGCUCUAUGGUGAUCUGCUAUCUCUUUCUUUAUGGAUUUAUAUAUAUCUGUAAUCUUUAUAUUGUCAGUCUUUGAUCACUUGAAAAUUGAAAGUAGGAUGUUAUGCAGGCCUUCCAUUGCCCUAAAGCACCAACUGAGGAUUGAACACCGAACUUUCAUAUUUGCAGUUUGACUCUUACCGACUUAUUCAUUAUCGUUAUUACUAUGUAUUUCUUCAAGAAAUUACUAACUUUGCGAGUAGGAUUUAUUUUAGUCCUUGUUAAGCCCAAAAAAUCUGAAGUAAUAUGCAUUGGUUACUAUAUAACUACCAAGUUACAUACAUAGUGAUUGUGUGUGCCUAAUCUGCUAUGAGUACUGCCUUUCACUUGGUAGUACACUACCUAUUUUUUUUCUAUGUCAUCAAAAAUUCAAUGUGAAAUGGUCUCUCUCUCUCUCUUUUCCAAACUAUUGUUGGGGUAGUCAUAGUCAUUAGUUUGAACACUGCAGUGGUAUGCUAGGCAUGGUUCUAUUGAAAAUUGUAUGCCCUUGCUUUCCUUCAUCUUUUAAAAUAUGUACUCCUCAGGUUAUAAGAGAACUUACAAUUUAACUUGGAAACUGAAACACAGUGAAACUUGAUAAUAUAUUUCAAACCUGUAAACAGCCUGUAAACAAAUCUUUUACUUUUUUGCAAGAAAGAAAAAGAAAAAAUGUGAGUUUUGAGAAUGAAUAUCCUGACAAACUUUUCUUUGUAGUCAAAUGAAAUAAUUCCUCUGUAGAAAAAAAGAAGAGAGAAGAAAAAAGAAAUCACUAAAUAACGUGUGCCGUCCAUAUUAUGCUUUACAGAAUUUUAAAGUAGCAAGUGAAUGUGAUUUAAAUGAAUUAUUCAUUCACAUUGCUUUAUGAAAUAGUUAAUGGUAAUUAUGAAAAACAGUAUUGUAACUAUUAUAAAUAGUGUUGACAGAGAGAAAACAAACUGCAUGUUCCUAAAAUUACAUUGUCCAUUUUUAUUAUAUUUGCAGAUUAUUAUAAAAUGUGCACAAAUGUGUAUUUUGAUAUAUAUUUUACGUUAUAAUUUUGUAUUUAAUUUACACUGACAUCACGAUGAUGUAUUUUAUAUUUUUGAUGUAACCCAGUAUUUUUCCAUAGUUAAUUUGAAUAAAUUUUGAAGAAAC